AUGGGAAAGCGCAAGAAGAGCUCCCGAGCGCCCCAGGGCAAGAAGAGGGGCGACCCUCUCCCCACCGUCUUCACCUGCCUCUUCUGCAACCACGAGAACUCCGUUACCGUCAAGAUCGAUAAGAAGGCCGGCAUCGGCUCUCUGGAAUGCAAAGUCUGCGGCCAGCGCUUCCAAUGCACCGUCAAUUACCUGUCGGCAGCGGUGGACGUCUACGGUGAAUGGGUCGAUGCGGCAGAGGAGGUCGCUAAGGACGGAGGCAGCGCAGCCGUGCGGGACUACGCCGAGGCCAGCCGCGACUCACGCAAGGACAGAGACACAGCCAACAACAGCGACGACGGCCAUCAGCAGUACAGCGGAGAUGGAAUUGUUCCGGACGACGAGUAUUAA